AUGACCAAUAACCAGUUGAUCGUGAACAUCCCAGACAAGCAGCCUCACGACCUUCACCACCAACCUACCGUUACUGUUUUUGCUUCAUCCAUUAACCCAAAGCAUGCCAACCAAAUUGUUAGGCGUUUGAAUCAGAUAGCACCACUUGGCGAUCUCCGUCAUGUGAAACGAAUUCGGAAGGAAGUUCUAGAAGGAGGACAAAUAGAGUUAUCAGUGGUCUUGUGCCUGGCUUAUGAAGGUGAUAAUCAGUUGGAUGGUGUGCCGCCUCAUCUUCAGGAGAUGAUCAGUUCCUAUCAGUUGAGUCCUUUUAUUACAAAUGUCUGCAAAUAUGAAGCAACAUCAAAAGAAGAGUGGCAAGAGCAAUGCAAGUUUUGGCCAACGGCAUAUCAUCCAAGAACUUACAGCAUUGAUGGCAUUACUGGAUUUAGCGAAGAGGACUCGCAUUCAGUUUUGAAGUUUAUGCAAUCUGCAGUAGAGUUGGCAACAUCUGAUGGCUUGGUAGUCAAUGCUGCAGUGAUAGUGGAUCCUUCAGCUAAGCAAAUAAUUUCAACUGCAAGUGAUCAGGUUUUUACUUGGAACACUUGCAAAGAUGACAGCUGCGAUAGAAAACCAGAUUUAUUUAGUUCUCAUCCUGUUUCCAAUAGCUUGGAUCCCCAGAAACCGAUGCAUUUAAGAAGUUCCUGCAAUCAUCUUAAACAAUCAUAUACAGGUGUUGCUUGCCUAUAUCCUGGGCAAUGGACUGAGCAGCAAUCACAUUCACAGAGUUCAUAUUAUUGUCAUCCUUUGCGACAUGCUGCCAUUGUAGCUAUAGAAUCAUCUGCUGCCAGGGAUAGACAUCUUUUCCCCAACGAUGAAGGCAGUAAAGAAAAAUAUUUGGAAUUGGAUCUUGAAAAUCCUUGUACAAGCUCUCCUUCAAAGAGACAGAAAACUGUUUGUGCUACUGUUGAGGAUAAUGACAAAUUGAAUGCUCAUAGUCAAACUUCCAAUCAGAUUGAGGAGAAUGAUAAAUUGAAUCCUAAUCUGCUGCCAGAACGACCAUAUUUAUGCACUGGUUAUGACAUAUAUCUUGCUUGGGAACCUUGCACGAUGUGUGCCAUGGCCCUUGUCCAUCAGAGAAUCAGGCGAAUAUUUUAUGCUUUUCCAAACCCUAAAACCGGUGCCUUGGGCAGUGUUCACAGAUUACAGGGAGAAAAGAGCUUAAAUCAUCAUUAUGCUGUUUUCAGAGUUUUGAUCCCUGAAGAAGCCCUCCAUAAAUGUCAUACAUCAGUUGCAGAAUCUGAAGAAACUGGUAUUUGA